GCACUUUUCUCUUUCGUGUGGUCAGUCAUGCUGUCGUCUCGACUCGCGUUGUCCGUGCGCCGCGUGUCGUCGGUGGCACCCUUCCACAUUGCUAUUCCUGUGCAUAACCUCAAAGCUGCACAAGCGUUCUACGGAGGAUUGCUUGGGUUCACGGAAGGCCGAUCGUCUACGCAAUGGCAGGACUACAACAUGCUUGGGCAUCAAUUGGUUGUCCACGAAGUGGGUCCUACGUACAAAGGCAUUGAUUACCACAACCCUGUUGACAUGGACGAUGUGCCUGUCCCUCACAUGGGUGUGUGCUUGAGUGUCGACCAAUUCCAUGCCUUGGCGAAGAAAGUGCAGUCCAAGGGCAUUCCGUUCAUCGUGGAGCCACACCUUCGCUUUGUCGGCCGAAAAGGCGAGCAAUGGACUAUGUUCUUCAAGGACCCGAGCGGGAAUAACCUCGAGUUCAAGGCCAUGACAAACCACGAAAACCUCUUUGCCAAAUACGUCGAGGAAUAAGGUUUAACACGAGGAAUUUCCGUCGA